AUGAUAACACCAGAACACAAUACAGAUGGUUCGGAAGUACCCAUAUUUGAAGUCAUUGAUAUUAUAUCCAACAUAUCUUAUUCUAAUUCAUAUAUAAAACCAUUUGUUCAUAAGAAUUUUAAUGUUUCUAUCUUCAAACCAGUCAUUUUGAAACAUGAACCUUUAUACUUCACAGUUGUUAUCUCUCCAGAAAGAUGCAAUUUCCACAAUUCAUAUCCAUUUGGUGAUGAUCCAUGCUUUAUUGUUAACUAUUCCAUUCCGAUUAUUCAUUUAAGAAAUUCACAACAGAAAUAUUCGAAAAAUCUAAAGAUGAUUAAUUUUAAAUUAAUAUCGGGAAAUAUGAUUAGCAAGUUAAAUUUUGUUAGCAGAGAAGUCAUUAAUUUGUAUACAAUUUCAAAAAACAUGAGUAAAUUCAUUCCUCCAUUUAUUCUUGCUGAUACAUCUAGUGACCAUUUGGAAAUUAUAAUUGAUAAUGUUGAAAAAACUGCAUACAUGCCUUUUAUUUUAAAAAUUGACAUUAUUUCACAAUUCCAGUUAAAUCUUGGAUAUUUAUGGAAGCAAUUUCAGUUAAAUUACGGUAUACUUAAUAAUAUUAUGAAAAAGAACGCAUUUAACUCCCUUUCAGACCAAAGUGAAGAUUUAUGA